GCACUCCGAGCCCAUCCAUCAUCUCUUCUACUCUCUAGGGUUUCAACUCCGCUGCGCGUCCCUCAUCCUCGUCCCUCUCCCUCCCCCUCCUUACCUCCCAAUGGCGAUCGACCUCUUCGACGCGUGUGGCCCCGCCGGGGGCGACGACGAGGAGGACCUCUCCAAGAUCGAGAUCGACGAGGCCUACGCUCGGCGCUUGGAGCACAACAAGAAGCGCGAGGCGCUCCAGCGGUUCGAGGAGCUCAAGAAGCAGGGCCGCGCCGCCUCCUCCUCCGACAACGAGGACGACGAAGACGACGACGACGACGACGACGACGACGACGACGGCGAUGACGACCUCGCGGUGGAUCCCCGCUUCUACGAAACCCUAGCCCGGGUCAAGAAGAACGACCCCGAGAUCCUCCAAGAUGGCGCCAAGAUCUACUCCUCCUCCAACGACGAUGACGACGAAGAAGAUGCGGCGGGGGAUUCGAAGCCGAAAGCGGCCGCCGCCGCUAAGAAUAAGAAGACGAAGGAUCGGCAGAUGUAUUUGAAGGACGUCAAUGCGCAGCAUUUGAUUGAGGAGGGGCCCGAAUUCGUCGAGAAGCGCGUGAGCUCUAACCCUAAGGUCUACAACAAGGAGCAGCAGGAAGGCCUCAAGGCGUUCUUGGAAGCGGAGAAGGCGGCAUUCGGAGCUGACGACAAUGAUGGCGACAUCAUCAAGGAGAAGGGCACUCCCGUCGGCGCGGUCGGCGGCGAGGGUGCCCACGAGGUGGAGGAAAAACUUGACGAGAUUUUCGGGAAAGAUGACGACUUGAGCGAGAACGAGAAGUUUUUGAAAGAGUAUCUCCUGAAUAGGAUGUGGGUCGACAAGGAUAAGGAACAAAAGCCCUCUUUUGAUGAUGCUUGUGGUAUCUCGGAGGACGAAGAUGAGCUCGAUAAGCAGGAUGAGUACGAGGCCAAGUAUAACUUCCGGCACGAAGAAGGGGCGGCUGAUAGGGUUUUGGGCUACUCGAGAGUAGUUGAGGGGUCGGUGAGGAAGAAGACGAAUAGCAGGAAGGUCCAGAGGAAGAGCAAAGAGGAAAGGAUGGCUUUGGCCGAGCAGGAAAGGAAGGAGGAGCUGAAGCAUUUGAAGAAUUUGAAGAAGAAGGAGAUUCAAGAGAGGUUGGAGAAGAUUCGGGCGGUAGCGGGAAUUGCCGACGACGGGGCCUGUAAAUUGGGGGCAGAUGAUCUUGAGGAGGACUUCGAUCCCGAGGAGUACGAUAAGAAGAUGAAAGAGGUGUUCGAUGCGGAUUACUAUGAGGCCGAGGACACUAACCCUGAUUUUGGAAGCGAUGACGAGGCUGAACUGGAGAAACCGGAUUUCGAUAAGGAAGACGAAUUGCUUGGGCUUCCCAAAGGUUGGGAUGUUGGCGGGUCGGGUGAGGGUUUUGCGGCGGCGAGGGAGAGAUUCUUGCAAAUGAAAGAGGGAAAAGAGACGGAAGAGGAGGUGGAGGGUAAGAGGAAGAGGAAAAGAAAGAUCUCUCUUAAGGAGAAAGUGGAGUUAGAAAAAGAGUUGGAAGAGUACUAUAAAUUGGAUUAUGAAGAUACCAUCGGGGAUUUAAAAACUCGAUUCAAGUAUAAGCCUGUACCCUCUAAUAGAUACGGCUUGCGUCCCGAAGAGCUUUUGAUGGCGAAUGAUAAGGACUUGAACCAGUAUGUUUCGUUGAAGAAGUUAGCGCCGUAUAGGCAGAAUGAGUGGAAGGUUACGUAUCACCAGAAGUUGAAGAAGGAUUUGAUUCUUCAGGGAGGAAAGAGUGAGAGGAAUAAAAACUCGAAUUCUGGGGCACAAGAAGGCCGGAAAUCUUCAGACUUAGAGAACGGAAAACGGAGAACUGAAACAACCGAAUUGAAUGGUGAAGAGCAGUUGUCUAGGCGCACCAGAAGGAGACGGCGGCAGGCCGAGUUGAAACUGCCGUUUUCGAGGCUCGUGGCUUACGGGAAAAUUCCUGCAAAACCUCACAAGAAACAUUAAUAUAGGAGAUACAAAGCGUGAUUUAAAGGUAGUUGAUUUUUGAAAUCUUUUGGCCUUUGUUUUCUGCAGGGGAAGGGUAGUUAUUUGUGGAUGAUAGUUGUUCUGCGUAUGUUGUGUUCAAACAGCAGAUUUCUACUCCUUUAUGAGCUAGUUUGCAUUCCUUUAAGCCUGAAGAACUUUUGAGCUCAUGGUAUUAUUUAAUCUAAUGUUUGUCAAAUUUAGUGGAA